AUGGUGAUUUUAUCCCUCCUUACUUGUUCCGUUUCCCUUUUCUCGCCGCCGACUAAUCUUCGGCUUCAUCUCCCGCCGGUUACAGCUCUCUGUUCCCAUGGAAGCGUCCCUGCUUCUACAUUUAAGACUGAGCUACAGCCAUUGCUUGUUCGCUGCAUAGAUCGUCGGGAAUCUGGUCUUGUUUUCCGAUGUAAUUGCCUUAAUUCUCCGAUUGACUCUGCAAGUCAAAUGGAGUCUCUGUUUUCGUUGUUCCGAGAUAUUGGGUUUAAAGAAGAAGAAACUGAGAUGAUUAUGACGAAGAACCCAGAUAUAAAGUCGACGUCUUUGGUUAAAAUCGGUACUCGUGUUGCUGCUCUUCAGUCUCUGAAAAUCAAUAACUUUGCGCUUCAGGGUUUGAUUGCAAAAUGCCCUAAUCUAUUGACUUCGGAGGAAUUGGAUCUCGUUAUUGAAUUCUUGCUUGUUGAACUCGAAGGAAGGCUUGAUCCUGAACUAGUUGAGCGUCUACUCGCUGUGGUAGACACAUCUUUCUUGCUUAGUUUCAAUCAGAAGGUGAGAUUGCUUAUCCACCAUGGUAUACCAAAAGAAAAGAUCUCUCACGUCUUGAACAAAGUAUACUUGAAUAAACUACUGUAUCAGAAAUCCGUUGAAGACAUUGAGAGACUGAUUAGUUACUUGGAACCUUUUGGUGGAAUCGGUAUAAUUGCGAGGCGGCCAGUCAUUCUCAACAGUGACUUGGAUACUCAGUUGAUUCCUAGGGUUGAAUUCAUCAGGAAUCUUAGCGGGGAAGACGAUUUCGCCACUGGAACUGUGCUACGUAGACUCCCUGCCAUAUUGAGUUACAGCGUUGAGCAUAUGAACAGCCACGUCGAGUUCCUCAAGUCUUUUGCUGGCUUGACGAGCCAACAAGUGUUUAAGAUUGUUCAUGUGUUCCCUAAUGUUAUCAGCACCAGUAAAGAGAGGAAACUUCGCCCCAGGUUAGAGUUUCUGAAGGAAUGCGGCUUUGAUUCCCCUGGCAUCUUCAAAUUCUUGAGUAAAGCACCGUUGUUUCUAGCUCUAUCCGAAGAUAACCUCUCGCACAAACUCGGGUUUCUGGUGAAGAUUGGAUAUAAGCAUAGAACAAAGGAACUGGCGUUUGCAAUGGGAGCAGUGACCAGAACAAGCUCUGACAAUAUGCAGAAGGUAAUUGGACUGUACUUGAGUUACGGUCUUUCGUUCGAAGACAUUCUAGCUAUGGGCACAAAGCAUCCUCCAGUUCUGCAGUAUAAUCAUAGUUCUUUAGAGGAAAAACUGGAGUAUUUGAUCGAGUACAUGGGUCGUGAAGUCGAAGAGCUUCUUGCAUUCCCUGCAUUUCUUGGAUACAAGCUUGAUAGCAGGAUCAAGCAUCGGUAUGAAGAAAAGUUGAAGAGCAGAGGUGAAAACAUGUCUCUUAACAAACUUUUGACAGUAUCAGCUGAAAGAUUCUCUAUGACUGCGGAUAAAAUUGAAGUUAUUUGUUUAUGA